AUGUCUGCCAGUGAUAGCGCAAUGGACACCACCGUCAGCAACCACGGACCUCACGCCGUGUCCUUGGCAGAGGGCUGGCAAGGCAUAAAACGUGGAGGUGACCUGACCUCCCGAUACCGGAAAUCCAACAACAACGGCACCGAGCUUAGUACUGCCAUCCAACUAUUUGGCACAAUUCACGGAUUCGGGGGAGUUCUCAACAUUGAAAUUGCCGAUUUUGAUCUUGAGGAUGACCUUGACGACCAAUGUGACUGGAAGGAGAAGGCGUUGUCUAGUUUCAGAAAGCCGGGCAAGGCUGCUAAACUCUAUGAGGAUAUCAACGAAGCUGUCGAGGAGACAUACUACUACGCCUCAGAUGAAGAUCAAAAAUCUCAUCGGAUAUUCAUCGGGAAAGAGUUGUCCACCAUUUACAAGAUGAUUGUCGAACCCAACCAAUCGGGAGCUUCUUCGGCAGCUGCCUCCCCAGAAGAAGAAGACAUUGACAUGGAAGGCUAA